GGCAGGGCCGAGUGCACGGCUGCCAUUUGUCAGACUAGGUGACCGACGUGUUGCGAACGAACGUGGACAGCCUAAGUCCAUCUAUAACCCCACCCCCAUCAUAUUUCAGUUAUUGAUCCAAUCAGGAUCUUUAAAUGAAAUUACUUUAUCAAUCAUUAGCUGAGGGUGAUGCCUUGAGUCUGGUUGCAUAUUUUCUUUCGUUCGGAAAGGUUUAAAAAUUCCUUGCUUGCUUGCCCAGGUCUUCAGCAAAUUAUGAUGUGCUUCAACAAAUAAACUGCGGUGUCCAUGUCAAUUAAUAUGUAUUUCCAAUUCCAAGAGAUCAUGUUUUAGCACUUUAAGUGAUUCAUUGUUCCAAAACAUUAAUAGAUCACACCACAGUCCUAAAAACUAGUAACGUCCAAAAAAACAACCGGAAGGAAUACUGACGCAAGUGGAGCAAGUGGAGCUAAGCCAGGUGACGCACCGAAGCGAAACGGCGAAAAGGUCAAAAUAUUAUUAUUUUUUUUUUUUUUUUGUUGCAUCAGGGCAGGGACUUUUCCUCCACAUCCAACUACCCAUGUGCGAAGCUUUGUUCUGAAAAGUACUGCUGAGGAGAAUGCAGGCCACGCGUUGCUUCCACUUACGCUGCCCCUCAAAGUCGUGUUCCUCUUAAGAAGUGAAGCCCUCAGGCAUGCGUGCUCAGUGACAAAACAAGUCAGUGCUGGGACUGAAAGAAAAAGGUUCACAAAAUGUUAACUGCCUUCGUCAAGCUUAUCAGUGCUGAACGAUGUACCGUCAGUGUAGUUUAAAAUCUAUUUGUAGUUCAAUUGUUUUCCGUUUAUUUUGAAUAAAACAUAUAUUUAUUUAUUUAUUUAUUUUUGCUGCAAAAGUCAUCUGCUUUUCAGCAGCUGUUCUGGGCUUUUUCACAGAGCUCACAUACAUUGACAGUCUGCGGUUCCAUGUCAUAUUAGAGGCGUGGUCUGAGCAAAAACACUUUUUCACAUGAAUUUAGUGCUGUUUUCACAAAUGUUUAGAUAAGUAUCUGCAGCAAGCUGUUAUAUACAGUAUUAUUAUACAGAGCUGUUAGGUACAGAGUUAAUUUUCACCCUACUUGGAUAGAUAUUUUGCCAGAUUUAUGCUCAACAAUACAAAUCUCCUUCUUGUUGGCUGUAAUAACGCAGUUGUGAAGCAUGUCAAUAACCUACAAGGAGAGCUUGCCAGGCUAACGCCCAAGCCGGACACAUUGUAACUGUUACAACUAACGCUAUGAGAGAAACAUUGGCAGAGGUCUGACCAUUUCUUGCAAGAUGGCACUGUUGUGUGCAAACAUCUCAGGUGUCUUCUUGCCUGUUGUGUUUAUGUUUUUAUUUUUUUGAGUUGCUUUGUCAAGCUUACAUGGCUUUAACCUAUGGCACUCUAUGGGAUUAAACACCAAAAAGGCAUUUUCCCACGUUUUCCAAGGCUGAUGGUAUCCUUAGAUUUUUGCACAGCUGCCGGUAUCCCCAGAUUUUCACUGCUGUGGGCGUCAGUCAAACCUGCGAAACUGGAGCCAGAGAAACCGUGGGAAAAGAGAGGGCUGUCUUCUCUGACUGAAUCAGGCUGUUUGAUCAUCCGUCAAUGUUUCGGUGAAUCCUGAUGUUCUCUCUACCCGUUCGCUCACAUGGUUUGGCCAUUUUAUCUUGCAGCAGUCUCUGAAGGGCUGGUAUGUCUGACUGUGUCCUGUUCAGCCAGAACUACUUCCCUGUCUUUCCCCAGCAAAACCCUUCUUCAGGUCCGGAGGUUUAAACUAUAAUAAUCUUCUGAAAAUCUCCCGUGCAUUACCCUUGGGGAUGGAAGAUUGCUCUGCUGUCGCAACCUACCUGGAAACGAUGGAGUAGUUCUUACCUGGCGAACCCCGGGAUCAACACCCCACCGCGCAUAGACCUGCUCACGAUGACCAAACAAGCCUUUGCAAGGAACAUACAGAUCGGAACAGAGAUAAUUAAAAAUGGUCCCCGCUGCGGUACAGAAAAUGGAUUGUUCAGACCCAAUCCACAGUGCCAUGACUGGGGAGUGUGGGCGAGUGAGCUGGUGCGUGUGUAUGAGGGGGAGGCGGGGUGUCUCUCCUGCCCCCUUUUCUUCCACCCCGCCCUCUAUAACUACAGCCAGAGCCAGAGCUCAGGCCUCACGCUGAUGUGGUACCGACACACACACACACACGAGCUGGAGCCCAUCGACCUGCGCAUGCGUACUCGGCUCAAACACCGCGAUGCUCUCUGGAUCCAGCCUGCCACCCUGCAGGAUAGCGGCCUGUAUAUUUGCAUGCUGCGGAACAUCUCGUCUUGCGCGAAGAUCGGGGUGCAGCUGGAGGUGGUGCCCCGUGCGGGAGAGUGUGACAUCACCCUGCACCGCAACGUGACCAUCCCCCUGGAGGGUGACCACACACUCCACUGCCCCGACCUGCAGCACGUGCCCAACGACACACACAAGGUCACGUGGUACUACUGUGACAGUGAGUCUGCGCAGACGUUUCUGAGGAACCUGCCUUCCUUUCAUCGAGAGGUGAAGGGUAAUGACUUGGUGAUCUACAUGAUGAUGGAAUACUAUGCCGUCCCAUACACCUGCCUCGUCUCCUACCAAAGCAGCGGCCGUAUCUAUCACUUUACCCGAACUAUCAACGUCAAGGCCGUCUCCUCUACCAGAGGGAACAAAGAGCCAAAUAUACUGAACCCAACAUUUGGUCACAUCUACACUGUUACUCUGGGCAGCGACCUGGAGCUCUUGUGUCGGGCUCACCUACCCUACCUAGAGAACGAGGAGCCACAGGUGUGGUGGACCAUCGACAACAAAACAGUGGAAGAGCUUGCAGACCCACGAUACACCUCCCCUAUGGCUAGACUGCUGGAUGACAACUUCGGUGACGUGACUUUGGAGCGGGUACUGCGUGUGUCUGAGUUCAGUCCGGCAGAGCUGCACAGGGAGUUCCGCUGCACUGCCAAGAACAGCAGAGGACUCAGCACUCGAACCGCUACACUGCAGGAAGAGGUCUACAUUCCCUCAGUAGAGCUGGGCUGUGGGUUGGGCGUGACUCUGGCUUUGGCUCUGCUCCUCUUCGUGCUGUAUCGUGUCUUCCGCCUCGAGGUGCACCUGCUCUACCGUUCUUGGUUCGGCACUGACGAGAGAGACGCAGACAAUAAGGAGUAUGAUGUAUAUAUCUCAUACGCACGGGAUGGUGAGGAGGAGGAGUUUGUCAUGACAACCCUGCGACGGGUGCUUGAGGUGGACCUUGGAUACUCUGUCUGCAUCUUCGACAGAGACAGCAUACCAGGAGGGACUAUAACGGACGACACCCUGCAUUUUGUCGGGCGCAGCCGUCGGUUGCUGGUGGUAGUGAGCGCGUGCAGCGCGGUGCGGGGGACCCAGGCUCUGCUGGAGCUCCAGGCCGGGCUGGCCAGCAUGCUGCGCGGGGGCAGCCUCAGGGUGGUCCUGGUCGAGUAUAAACCCGUCCGCAAGCAGAAGUGGGUGCGAGAGCUCCGCCAGGCACGCCUCGCCCUCACGCUCGUCCGCUGGGAGGGCGAGAAGUCCGUGCCGCUCUCGUCUCGCUUCUGGAAACGGCUGCAGCUGGAGAUGCCCGUGCGCCGGUGCACGGCGGCACACCACACACACCACACACUCCACACACACGAGUCAAAACACACAGCCAGCACACAGCACACAUAUGACACGAAACACGAUGGAGAGCGCGGACAUGAUGCGGCAGACACCCACCACACCCAACUCAAGGAAUUCACACAGAUGUGUGAGAGCACAGCUCUAAUUCUGGAUACUUUACAUGCAUCUGACAUGCACACAUAAGUCAUGCGCACACACACAGACUAUACAAAUGGGAAAAACAGAUAACACCUUAAUGGCAGCAGAAGCACUCUUAGUGCAUUCAGAUUUUGCAAGAACAUGUAGGUUCUCUCAGAGUUGGGUGUUUUCAGUUUAAUUUGUAUUUUCCAAUAAUUAUUUUUUUGGUACUUAGAGGUACUGAUAUUGUGAAAGGCUCCUCUAAGAAAAUCAGUCCAAUGAUGUAUCAGGUUUUUUAGUGCGUGUCCUCAUCAGUGUCAGAGGUGAUCACUGUUGGGGAUGUUGUUGAAUCAGAUUAUUUUGAUCCAGCAAAUAUGAAUAAUUUCCGUCACUUUAAUCACGUCGAAUCCGGGAUUCACCAAUGUGCUUUAUGUACUGCAAGGCAGGGUACAGUCUUUCUACACAUCCCUGUCAUCUUCUAAUUGACUAUUUUCUGUUUUUUGUUUUUGUUAUUUUAUUGCCAUUUUAUACUCAUCCAUUUCAGAAUCAUGUAUAGGAUAUAUUUAUACAUUUAUAUAAUCUAUGUUAUAAAUAUUUUCGUCACAUUGAUAUGUUUUCUGUUUAAUAAUUGUUUUUGUAUUACACUGUUUCAUGCAUUUCAUUAAAACCACGUUGGUGUCAAGUGA